UCAGUUAGGCGUACAAAAAUGUCGAAAUUGAUAAAAACUAUGUAAUUGCUGGGGGCGUUCGACCGGACCGUUUCAGAGAGUAGUUCAAAAUUUUAGCGUCAGAAGCGUACCAGCAGCGUGUGGCACUGAGCCAAUUGACAGUAUUCGUAAUAUAUCUACAUUCUAUAUGUAGAUAUUGUUGUGAUAGAUGGUAAUGGUGCCCUUAACACUGCCCUUAUCUUUGGCCGUUAUCACAGGUUUAUUGGGCUUUGUUGUGGGCGCACUAAUUCAACAGGAUGCAUCCUAUCGGAACCUACAAACGACUAUGGCCAGCGAUCCAUAUAUCUUUCAACGUCGCCAGCAGAUCUACGAGGCGUUGAGACUGGUGGUGCAGCCGCGUCAAUCAUUUUACAACGAUUCUGGCGAACAUGGGCGCGAGCUGCGUAGCGAGGAUAACGACAAUCCGGGCGGUGAUCACACGAGUCCGCCACCGGAACUUGAGGACACGGAUUCCGUUUUUGCCAACUAUGUGAAAUGGUUUCAAUCAAACAUGCACACUGUGACCAUGUUCUUCACCUUCUCAUUGGGCGUUGAACCGCUGCCGGAGCCGGAGCCGGCCCAUGUGGCAACGCUGAUGAAGUACGGCUUUCCCGGCCUGGACGAUAUACAUGUCUAUCGUAAUUUUGUACUAUCUUAUGAUAGACGCAAUCGGAUUGCGCACUGGGUAUGCGAGCAUUUGGAGAGUGAUUGUUUGAUCGGCACGGAAUCGACAAUUGUGCAGAAGCCCGCUGAGUAUUUGGUGGAUUCAAGCAUACCGCUCAUAUUCCGUGCAAAUCAACGGGAUUACCGUAACACAGAUUGGGUGGGCGGUCAUAUGGCGUCGCCGCACAACUAUCGCUGCGAUCCGCUCAAGUAUUGCGAAACAUUCAUAAUGCCAAACAUAGCGCCCGUCAGUCGUGGCCUCAAAUCAAGGGUAUGGACACGCCUCGAAGCCUAUGUCCGCGAAUUGGCAAUCAAAUGCGGUUCGGUGUACGUUUACACGGGACCGCUGUUCAUGCCGCAGCGCAUCACAUUCCGUAACUGGGCGAUUCGACAUCAGGUAAUUGGCAUGAACACGGUGGCGGUGCCCACGCAUUUCUUCAAGGUUAUCAUUGCCGAGUGCAAGGAACACGAAGAUCUGCCCUAUAUGGAGGGCUAUGUUGUGCCCAAUACCGAGGUCGAAAACAAUCUGGAGCUGAGCGCAUUCAUGUCCAAUAUCCGCGACAUCGAGCACUUUGCCGGACUCAAGUUCUACGAUGGCGAGAGACGACCGCAGCUACAUCACAAUAUACAAACAGUUGAUUCAACUCUAUGAACCAAGCGAUUGUAAUGCAUACAGUCGCCAAUGGACAAGCGGGCUUAUUGGUGGCUGCCAGACUUACGAUUUGAAGUUAUUUAUAAAAAUCGAAUAUUAAAACAUUCUAAAAUCUCUAGUAAACUGUUCGACUCUUUGCAAUAAUGCAUUUCAACCUUGCCAGACUGUUACAAAGAAA